AUGCUCUGUGAUCCAACAAUUGUCAACAUCUGCCCUUACGAAUUCAAAUGUGUUGAAGCUGCUAAUGGACAUUUACUACCAGCUGACAGUCGAUCACUUUGUUGUAAAACAUCCACCUUAUACUCGUUCGCUAGUGUUUUCAGUGAAGCCAAGCUGUCUCCCCGUAUUGUACCUAAUCCUCCGAUGGCAGCAAUUGAAUACGUAACAUUGAACGUACACACAUCGGCAUUAAUGCAUUCACCCGAAAUACGUAUUGGAGACCAUUUCGUGUUGAGUCCAUAUCGUCUUCUAGAGCCAGCUUUUCUUAAAAACAUCAAGCUGUUCCAUGAACAAGCUUCUGGAAGCUACUUACAUGUUUUGAUGUUCGAUCCAUUAUCACCUACUGAGACAAUGCAGUUCUAUUAUGACCGUCCAUCCUCAGCCGGCAAAAUAAUUGAUUUGGAAGAGCCAAUCUCAGAUGGAGGUUUCUUAUCAAAACGCAUAUUCAAUGCUAAUCCCUUAACAAACAUUGAAAAUCCUUCUCGACCUGGUCCACCCAAAGAAUAUCGUAAACUAUGGAUUGUCCUUGUUUUCAAAACAGUUAAUCCAAUUACAAGACUAUAUGUUUCCGUGACGGUUGAUUUACAUUCGAAAUAUAAAACUGUCACCGAUUUCUUACGUUCGGAUACUGGUAGAAAACUUGGAGCACCUGUAGCUGGAACAUACUUCUAUGUAAGUUUCUUGAUGAACUACCAACAAGCGCAUACUCACUCUUAUCGUGUUGUUCUUGAGAUAGAAUUAGAAUGA